ACGAAAAAAAACAAAAAAAAAAAAAGAGAGAAAGAACGAGCAGAGAGCAGCUAUAAAAUCCAAAAACCAACGCUCAUAUUCAUCUCUCUAUUUCUCUCUCUUUCUGAAUAGAAUAGAAUAGAAAAAAUAAAAUAAAAUAAAAAUAGAGAAAGAGAAAAUGGAGGAUAUAGGAGGAGCAUUACCACCUUCACCGGAGCUAGACCUGGAAAACCUCAAGGCCCUCAAAAUUCUGGGUAAAGGAGCCAUGGGCACCGUCUUCUUGGUCCAUGACCCUAGGCUCGACCCCUCCGCUUGCUCCCCUUUCGCUCUCAAAGUCGUCGACAAGUCCUCUCUCCACACCAAGCUUGACGCCGAGCGUCGAGCCCGCUGGGAAAUCAACGUUCUCUCCCGUUUGUCCCACCCUUUCCUUCCUUCCCUUCUGGGCUUCUUCGAGUCCCAAGACUACCUCGGCUGGGCCGUCCCUUACUGCCCCGGUGGCGACCUCAACGUCCUCCGCUACCGUCAAACAGACCGAGUCUUCUCCCCUGCCGUGAUCCGCUUCUAUCUGGCUGAGAUCCUCUGCGCACUCGACCACCUCCACAGCAUGGGCAUCGCCUACCGCGAUUUGAAGCCCGAGAACGUCCUCAUUCAACUGUCCGGUCAUGUCACCCUCACGGACUUCGACCUAUCUCGGAGCCUCAAGCACCGGACGAUCCAAACUGCCAUUAUAACCUCCGAAGACGAAGCGUCUUUACCGGAGAUUCGCCGCAAACACCGCCGGCACCUGACACGUUGGAUCCACGCCGUGCCCGUGGGGGCCGAUCAUCACCACGGUGGCAAGGGCUUGAAGAAGGCCAAGUCGGCCCGAGUCAGCCCGGUGAGUAGACGCAAGCCGAGUUUCUCCAACGGCGAGCGCUCCAACUCGUUCGUCGGCACGGAAGAGUACGUUUCGCCGGAGGUGGUGAGAGGCGACGGCCACGAGUUCGCCGUCGAUUGGUGGGCCCUGGGGAUACUCACGUACGAGAUGCUGUAUGGUACGACGCCCUUCAAGGGCAAGAACCGCAAGGAGACGUUUCGGAAUGUUUUGAUGAAGCCUCCCGAGUUCAUCGGGAAGCCAACGGCGCUGACGGACUUGAUCGGGAAGUUGCUCGAGAAGGACCCCACGAAACGUUUGGGGUAUGCGAGAGGCGCGUGCGAGAUCAAGGAGCACGUGUUCUUUCGUGGGCUUAGGUGGGACCUACUAACGGAGGUGUUACGGCCUCCGUGCAUUCCCUUCAGAGAGGACUGCGAUUCCACGGACAAGUUAACGUCAAACGGUUUUGACAUAACCGAUUACUUCCAAAAAUUAAGAACGCCGCCGUCCAUGCCCCCAUCGCCCGAUUGUCAGCGAUUAACGGGGUUCUGACGCACGUGUGGUACGUGGGGAGGGGGAGUAUUACACGUGUAAGAAAUAGUUAAUCUUUCAUAUAUAUAUUCUCUUCUCAUCCUAUUUCUUCGUAUUUGUGUUAGUGUGUACAUACAAUAACGGUAGGACGUGGAAAACGGCGUUAGUUAGUUAGUCGUUGUAAGCCAUAUAGCUUAUAAAUACAUUUUUAGAUUUGUAACAUAUAGAUUUAUACAGUGUACAACUAUCCUUUGGUUGCUUUAUACACGAGGCGUUGGUCGUCCGUGUUUUUCACGCUC